CACGAGGUUUGCGGGCGACUCCCGUAUGGUGAAAAUUCUACGAACUGUAAAUGUUGCCAGGUGUCUCUGCAUGAACUUAUAAACCUCACAGAGUCCGAGUGAUUACGUCCACUCUGUUUUUGAUAGGUCCAAUCUGCGUUUCAGCCAGCGAGUUCAGUUCUAGUAAGAGCUUCGAAUAAAAUAUGCCGGUUCGCGCAGUGCUGCUUACCGCAUGCUUUGCUGCUGUAGGAUGGGGGUUCCCUCCCAUGUGGCAACAGGCACGAGGGCCACUUGGAUUCUUUGGGCCUCCUGGGCUUCUUGAAAUGCCACUGCCACCUGGCCUCUGGAAUAUCUUUCACGGUGGCGGUCCGCCCGGACAUCACCACCGACCGCACAAUCCACCACCUCCUCGCCCACCCCAUCCGGAACCAGAAGCGACGACGUCUGCCACAGCAGAUGAAGACAGUUCGUCUGUAACGGAUGCUUCGACACCUUUACCGAGCACAUUGCCGCCCAGCGAACAGGCCACAACCGUCGCCAAUGCAGUAACGGACGACGUCACAUCAGAGAGAACCACUGAGAUGCAAGCAGACGUCUCGACAUCGGUAGCCCCAGCGGAAUCACCUACAAGUGGGAACUAUUCUGAAGAUGGGACAGGAACCACUGAUGUAGCGUCAGGGACGACAAGACAGAUUGACACAAGUGAGCUUCCAACAGAGGGCACAGCAGAGACACCCACGAGUGACGCCACCUCGGAGAGUGCACCAGUACAGAAAACAGAUGCAGCUACAAAUACUGACUCAACAGGCACUGAUACUAUAGGGGCUGGUGCGUCCACGGAAGCCGCGGGCGAAGUGUCUACAUCUGCAGAAACCAGUCCAGGAGGUAGCGAAACUCCCUCAGUGACCAAUACCACAAGUGACACCUCUGCCACGAGCAUUUGAUGCCAGAAACGGUCAUUUAAGCACAGGAGUGGUAAGGAACAAAUAAAGAAUCAUAGUGCUGUGCUUUCUUAUUUUAAGGGACUGCGUUAGUUUCCUUGAAAACACUGUAAAUUUUGUUUUGUAAGUUGCAAUGGAAAAUGCCUUUUCGGCUGCAAAUAAAUGAGAACUUUGUGUUUCUAUAACUUAUGUGGCUGAAGGGCUACUUCUGUUCUGUAUCAGAUCUGAAACCUAAGUUUUGCAAACAAUUACUCCUGAGCUCCCUUCCGCAAU